AUGGCAGAGAACGCGGUGGUUUUUAAGAGGGAGGUUCCUGUCCUGCAAAGAGCAGCUCUCAGUGCGGCAUCAGUCUAUUGCACUCAAGUCCCAUUCCUACACACAGAACAGGAAGUAGAAGACCUCGACAUGGCUGCAAAGGGAGUCGGCAUGGCUAACAAAGGGCCCUCAUACGGCUUGAGCAGGCAGGUGCAGGACAAGAUCGACAGCAAGUACGACCAGGAGCUGGAGCUGGUGCUGGUGGAGUGGAUCUCCCGUCAGUGUGGAGCCGACAAACCCGAACCCGGCAAGAUUGGCUUCCAGACCUGGCUCAAGGAUGGAUGUGUGCUGGGUGAGCUGAUCAACAGUCUGUCCGCUGGAGACAAACCGGUGAAGAAGAUCCAGAGCUCGACCAUGGCCUUCAAGCAGAUGGAGCAGAUCUCACAGUUCCUGAGCGCUGCCGAGAAAUACGGCGUCACCAAAACAGACAUGUUCCAGACCGUCGACCUGUGGGAAGGUAAAGACCUGGCUGCUGUUCAGAGGACUCUGUCGGCUCUGGGCAGUUUGGCUGUAACCAAAGAAGAAGGCACAUACAAAGGAGACCCCAGCUGGUUCUUCAAGAAAGCGCAGGAGAACAAGCGUGACUUCAGCGAUGACCAGCUGAAGGCGGGGAAGAAUGUGAUUGGGCUGCAGAUGGGCUCGAACAAAGGAGCGUCACAGGAGGGAAUGAGCUACGGAAGACCAAGACAGAUCCUCUAA